AUGAAGAACUGGGUGUAUCCGACCAAUCUCGGUGCCAUUCGCGACUACCAGUUCAGCAUUGUUAAGAACAGCCUGUUCAACAACACGCUAGUCGCUUUGCCGACAGGUUUAGGCAAGACUUUUAUUGCAGCAACAGUCAUGCUCAACUAUUACCGUUGGACCAAGGACGCCAAAAUCGUCUUCGUGGCGCCGACAAAGCCUCUCGUUGCCCAGCAAGUUGAUGCUUGCUACAACAUAGCAGGAAUUCCUCGAUCUGAAACGACUUUACUCACCGGUGAUAUCCCACCAGUCUUACGGGUCGAUGAGUGGAAAGAAAAACGUGUUUUCUUCAUGACUCCACAGACACUUCUGAACGAUAUUUCACAUGGAUAUGCAGACCCGAAAAGCAUCGUCCUGCUAGUCAUUGACGAAGCGCAUCGUGCGACAGGAGAGUACGCAUAUGCCAAGGUCACCAAAAAGAUCCGAUGCUUCUCCAAAAGCAUGCGUGUUCUAGCUCUGACCGCCACACCUGGAUCCAAAGUCGAAACAGUCCAAGAGGUGAUUGACAAUCUGGGAAUAUCACAUUGCGAAAUUCGUACCGAGAACUCCAUCGACAUUCGGCAGUAUGUUCAUUCGCGCAACAUUGAGCAAGUUGUCCUCGAUCCCUCUUACGAAAUGACCCACGUGUCUGAGCUCUUUGUGAAAGCUUUGAAGCCUCUAACGGAAAAGCUCACCGCCCAGAACAUUUGGUACGGGCGAAAUCCAAUGGCGCUCACUUCUUUCGGUCUUAUGCAGGCGCAGAAAGAAUGGUUUGCGACACGAGGCAGGUCCGCAAACCAAGGAGUUCAGUUCAUGAUGAGAGCUGUCUUUAGUGUCCUGACUGGGAUCGCGCAUUCGAUCAAACUAUUCAACUUUCAUGGCAUCAGGCCCUUCUACGACAACCUCAAAGACCUGCGGAGCGAGCAGGAGGACAAGGGGGAGAAAGGCUCAAAAUACAAGCGCCAGCUCGUAGAGGAUAAGAACUUCCAAGAGAUGAUGGGCACCAUUGAGAAAUGGCUGCGCACCGAUGGCUUUGUCAGUCAUCCCAAGCUCACUGCACUGUCCGAGCAUGUUCUCAACCACUUCAUGGACAAUGGUGAGACCACACGUGUCAUCGUGUUCAGCGAGUAUCGCGACUCUGCGGAAGAUGUGGUCCGGACAUUGAACAAGCACAGGCCUUUGAUACGGGCGAGAGUAUUCGUCGGUCAAGCAGACGGGAAAAGGGGAGAGGGGAUGAAGCAGGCAGAGCAGAUCAACGCCAUCAGAAAGUUCAAGGACGGCGAGUUCAAUGUUCUGGUUGCAACAUCCAUCGGCGAGGAAGGGUUGGAUAUCGGCCAGGUGGAUUUGAUUGUCUGUUACGAUUCGUCGGCAUCGCCUAUCCGCAUGCUGCAGAGGAUGGGUCGUACAGGCCGUAAACGCGCGGGCAAUAUUGUGCUCCUACUGAUGAGAGGGAAAGAGGAGGAGCAGUUUGCCAAGUCAAAGGACAACUACGAAAAGAUGCAGACUCUCAUCUGCGAGGGCAGUCGGUUCAAUUUUCGAUUCGACUUGUCGACAAGAUUUGUCCCCAGAGACAUUCGACCAGAGGUCGACAAACGACACGUUGACAUUCCCGUUGAGAACACGCAAGAUCCCUCACUCCCUGAACCCAAGAAGCGCAAGGUGCCCUUGGGCAAGAAAAAGCCCCCCAAGAAAUUUCACAUGCCGGAUGGAGUCGAGACCGGCUUCAAGAAGCUAUCCGACUUCGUACGACCUAACGGGUCGACAGUUAAGAAGACGGCCAAGAAACAAAAUCUGGAGCUCGAGGACCUUGCGAGCAAUCCAGACUUGUCUCGAGUGGUACUCACGGAUGGUCAGCUCAAAGAGCUGAACCGUACCUACAGAGAUCUACCUUUCCAUCAAGACGCAGUGGAGGAAGCGUCGUUGCCGAGCAUGACGAGCCAUCCGCAGUUGCAGCGAGAACUAAGACCAACUUGCAGGCUGGAGCAUGGUCAUCUAACGAAGGCAUGUGUGCGUCUACUUCAGAAGAUGGCCGACUCAGAGAAUCUCGCGAGGUGGCGGGACGGGCACGAUACAAGCAACUUUAGGGAUCUCCCCGUGAAAGACUUUGUCGAUUCGAGCGACGAGGAACUCCUCGAGAUUGUGUCAGCCACAUCUGUGUGUCGAGCCGCUGGUGCUACGCGGGCUCCAAAGCGGACAGCUUCCGAAGUCUCUGGCCUCCAGGCAAAGAGGAGGAAGACACCGGCCAACGCGAGAAAGAAAAGACAACCGGCCGUCUUGGGUUCGGGGUCUCGCGCUCAAGACAAGGAUGAGGACAGCGAGAACGAAGGAUUGACACGGCGAAUUCGGAAACCCAAACCAAAGGGAAAGAAGAAGGCUGUGUCAGACUGCGCUGGGAUCAACAGUGACGAAAUUGGCGACGAUUGCGAGCGAGAGAGUGAUAUGAUAGAUACGGAUGGUUCUGACAAGGGUGAGGACCUCGAAGACUUCGUCGUGUCUGACAACGAGGUGCCUUCAAGUCAUCCUGAGCCAGAGCCAUCGUUGCUAGCAGCUACGAAACGUGGUCGGGCAACAAGAGUCACGAGCCCAGACAGUGACGUACCAGAUUUGGAGGAAUUGCGUGAGGAUCGGACGGACAAGAGGGAGCUAGAUGCUGGGGCGGCCAAGGAGCUGGGCGCCAGCUUGAAGGACCGACACGGCAGCUCGAGGGACGUCUAA